UGAAAAAAUUCUAAUAUAAAAAACCCGAAAAACACGCCUAUAUAAACAACUCCCGUCUUCGCCAUUCCUAAAGGUUCGUUUAGAAGAAGCUGCGUCACUCCGAAUCCAAGGGUGAGUCACGCCAUGGCAAUCGAGGCUUGGUUCAUGGACGAGAGCGAUGAAGAUCCAAGGCUCCCGCACCAUCGCAUUCCUGAAGAGAUCGUUCCACCGGACCACUUGGCUGUCUUGGGAGUGUUGUAUUGGCACUUGAAUCCAAAAGACUACGAGAAAGAUGAGGAAUUGCAGAGAAUCAGAGAAACAAGAGGGUACAAUUACAUGGAUUUGCUUGAUUUAUGCCCGGAGAAAGUGGUCAACUACGAAGAGAAGCUGAAGAACUUCUACACAGAGCAUAUACAUGCUGACGAAGAGAUACGCUACUGUUUGGAAGGAAGCGGGUACUUUGAUGUUCGAGACAAAGAUGACCGGUGGAUUCGCAUCUGGAUCAAGGCUGGUGAUCUAAUCAUCUUGCCAGCUGGAAUCUACCACCGCUUCACUCUUGACACCAAUAACUAUACCAAGUUGAUGAGGUUAUUUCUUGGAGAGCCAGUGUGGACUGCAUAUAAUCGGCCACAAGAGGAUCACCCGGCCAGAAAGGAGUACAUCAAGAGUGUGAUUGAGAAAGUGGGAGUGCCAUUGGAAGCUCACUAAGCGUUACGCGUAAUGCUAUGUACCGAUAUGAGAGUGCCACCUUGAAGCUGUUUGAAGUUAUGGAGAUUAGUGCUCGAAAGCUUUAUACAUGUAUUGGUGUUGCAAGGUCUCUUGACUAUUUACCAUGUUAGUAGAUAAUUGAACUGAACUUUACGUGUGUAUGCUAUUAUAUGAGAUGGAAGAAACUCCAUUUAAUAAGGUAGCGUUGCGUAUUAACUAUUAAUUUUGUGUUAUUAA